CUAUAGUCUAUGUCUGAAUUGAAUUUGUUUUGUUUGGUUCAGUUUUCGUAGAUUGUGAAUAUUUGUGAGAACAUUGUUUUAAUCCAAUUUAAUCCUUGGAAACAGUGAUAUUUUGUAGUUUAAUAAAAGUUUUUGUGUAACUACAUAUUUCAAAAUGUCUAUCGGUGUUCCUAUUAAAGUACUUCACGAAGCAGAGGGCCAUGUAGUGACUUGUGAAACGAAUACCGGCGAAGUUUAUCGCGGGAAGCUAAUUGAAGCGGAGGAUAACAUGAAUUGCCAGAUGACGCUUGUUACCGUAACUUACAGAGACGGACGCGUCGCCCAGCUGGAGAAUGUGUACAUUAGGGGCUCAAAGAUUAGGUUCCUGAUAUUACCGGACAUGUUAAAGAAUGCGCCUAUGUUUAAACGACAAGGGAAUAAGCCUACUGCCGGGCGCGGAAAAAGUGCAAUAUUACGGGCACAAGCUGCUGGUCGAGGUCGAGCAGGUGGUAGAGGUGGAGGACACAGAGGAGGCUGGCAAGGUGGAUCCGGACCUUCUCGGCGCUAGACUGGGGUCUAUAAUAGUCAACAGUGAUAAUAAUCUAAUAUAAUUAUUACUUUAAGUAGGCUAACAUGGUUUGAUUAGUGUUAAGUUCCCUUACUAUGAGUUGUUUUUCAAUAUUUGACAAAAUGUUAUUUAAUAUUGAAAAACUGUUAUGUCAGAGAUGUUAAUGCCAGUCCCAAGAACUUAGUUUUAUUAAUAUGAAUGUCACAAGAGUUAUGUCUUGUGUUGUAAUUCCUGGAAUAAAAAUUGUGGAAUACACAAUGUAUCUUGCAAAAGUUGAAACCACAACACAUGGAGCUUUCUUUUAUCCCUAGAAGAGACUAUUGACAGGUUAUUGGGACUGGCCGCUAAUAUAUCAGCUGAAUGGCCCACAGAGAGUGCCACAUUUGUGAAGUUUGUGGCAAUAAUACUGUGCGUCAUGUAAGGGACCGACUUGGUAGCAAGUAUCAAGUCAUUGUGUACAUGUGUCAGAGAUCAUACCUGUGUGUAAUUUAAGGAAUAAAUUCUUUGAAAUUA